GCUCCAAGUCCCUUGUAGCCCACUUCAGAAGAAGAUCAGGAGUGCUCUGCUCUCGCCGUAACAACAGCCCUGUUUAACUUAACGUGUUGUAGGUGCUGUGACACAGGAAGAACUGCAUGCAGGCCCAGGAGUUUCUUGUUUUCACUUCUUGAGUAGUUAGUUCUCUGUGGAUGGAGAAAGAUUUGAGUCUUAAUUGCCCUGUUUUACAAGGUGUUCUGUGUAGUCUGAACUGGGUCACUUCCCAAUGAGCUAUACAGCCAGUCCUUGUCAGGAGCUGGUUGAACCCUGUGCAGUGCAUGCAGAAGGAAUGGCCCAGGAAGAGAGCCAUCGAAGUCAGGCGCCACCCACCUUCUACCAUGGUGCCAGCCAGGAGCUCGACCUGUCCACCAAAGUGUAUAAAAGGGAGUCUGGAAGCCCUUAUUCUGUGCUGGCAGACACCAAGAUGAGCAAACCGCAUCUCCACGAGACCGAGGAGCAGCCAUAUUUCAGGGAGCCAAGGGCAGUGUCUGAUGUGCACACUGUCAAGGAAGACCGGGAGAAUUCUGAUGACACGGAAGAGGAGGAGGAAGUCUCUUACAAAAGGGAGCAGAUCAUAGUGGAGGUAAACCUUAAUAAUCAAACCUUAAAUGUAUCUAAAGGGGAAAAGGGUGUCUCUUCUCAGUCCAAAGAGACUCCUGUUCUUAAGACAAGCAGCGAGGAAGACGAAGAGACUGAGGAGGAGGCCACAGAUAACAGCAGUGACUACGGAGAGAACGGACGGCAAAAGAAAAAGGAGAAGCAAAUGGAGAAAGUCAGGGUUACACAAAGGCGAACCCGGCGAGCUGCCUCUGUUGCCGCAGCUACCACUUCCCCUGCACCCCGCACAACUCGAGGCCGUAGGAAGAGUGCAGAGCUACCCAAGAGGAAGAAGCGGGCUGCUAAGGAGCCUAAAGCGCCAGUCCAGAAAGCUAAGUGUGAAGAGAAAGAGACUCUGACCUGUGAGAAGUGCCCCAGGGUGUUUAAUACUCGCUGGUACCUGGAGAAGCACAUGAACGUUACUCACAGGCGCAUGCAGAUCUGUGAUAAAUGUGGCAAGAAGUUUGUCCUGGAAAGUGAGCUGUCCCUUCACCAACAAACAGACUGUGAAAAAAACAUUCAGUGUGUUUCCUGUAACAAAUCCUUCAAGAAACUCUGGUCCCUUCAUGAACAUAUCAAGAUUGUCCAUGGAUAUGCAGAAAAAAAAUUUGCCUGUGAGAUUUGCGAGAAGAAGUUCUAUACCAUGGCUCAUGUACGGAAACACAUGGUUGCACACACAAAAGACAUGCCAUUUACAUGUGAGACCUGUGGAAAGUCUUUCAAGCGCAGUAUGUCACUCAAGGUGCACUCCUUGCAGCAUUCUGGAGAGAAACCCUUCAGGUGUGAGAACUGCGAUGAGAGGUUCCAGUACAAGUACCAGCUCCGCUCCCACAUGAGCAUCCACAUUGGGCACAAGCAGUUCAUGUGCCAGUGGUGUGGCAAGGACUUCAACAUGAAGCAGUACUUUGAUGAGCACAUGAAGACGCACACUGGAGAGAAACCUUUUAUCUGUGAAAUCUGUGGCAAAAGCUUCACCAGUCGACCCAACAUGAAGAGGCACCGCAGAACUCACACAGGCGAGAAGCCCUACCCCUGUGAUGUGUGUGGUCAGCGGUUCCGCUUUUCCAACAUGCUAAAGGCCCACAAGGAGAAGUGCUUCCGAGUGACCAGCCCAGUGAAUGUGCCACCAGCUGUCCAGAUCCCACUGGCCUCAGCUCCAGCUGCUCCCGCUCCAGCCGUGGCCAACACUCCCACCAGCCCAGCCCCUGCAGUCAGUAUGAACCCUGUGGGUGGCGCGCUUCCCUCAAGACCUGUCCCGCACCCGUUCUCGCACCUGCACAUUCACACACAUUCACACCACCCGCACCACCUCCCCAUUCCUCCUGUGCCUCACCUGCCCCCACCUCCAGCCCUCUUCAAGAGCGAGCCCCUAAACCACAGAAGCCAGAGUGAGGACACCUUCCUCAGGCACCUGGCAGAGAAGAACAGCGCAGCCCAGGCCCAGCAUCAUUAGCACCAGCCAGUGUCCUCCCAUGG